GGGAGAGUCAGCGCUGCAAAGACACGGAGAGAGACAGAUGAGGAGUCUGCAUGUGUUUACAUAGAAACGAGACAUGGAUUUUAGCUUAAGGACAGAAACAUUGAUGGGAUGUGACUGAGGUCAAGUUCAACUACAACAACACCUAAAGAUCAGUUCCCAAAGUUCCUCUGAUUUGACUGCAAAGUUAAACUUGAAUUCUAAGGAACUUCAGUGACACAGCAAUGUAAAACCAGAGUACAACUCUACCAAAGGACUACAAGAGUUUGAGCACAAACAAGUGAAUUCUUCGUUCUAAAGCUAAGAGAUCCAUGUAUAAAGAUAUCUAGAGCCUUAUAAGAAACAUUUGGAGAGGUACAGAAGUUUCAGCACCUGCUGACGAUGUCUUUUGCGAUGGUACGACCGGCUCCCAGCCGAUUCCUAUACUCUGAUAUAUCUAUGAUGUCAGAAGAUGAUGAGAAUGGUAGCGAGAGCUCCGGCUCUGAUGACCGCUCAUUUCGUUUGGACACCUCGGGAUAUGAUCUCAAAGUUGGAAGCAGAAAGAGAAAACCUGGUAUUGGGGGUGGCAGUGGACGGCUCGUAGGGGCACCACCGAAUUCCCUUGGCAUAACCGGUUCGCCGGUGCCAGAGGGCCGUCAACGCAACACAGCCAACGCACGGGAGCGAGAUCGGACCAACAGUGUCAACACUGCAUUCACUGCAUUGAGGACUCUCAUCCCAACGGAACCGGCCGACCGGAAGCUCUCCAAGAUAGAGACAUUGCGAUUGGCAUCCAGUUACAUCUCCCACCUGGGAAACGUGCUGCUGGUGGGUGAAGCUUGCGGGGACGGCCAGCCGUGCCACAGUGGGGGACCCUCGACCUCAAACUAUUACCACCACCACGGAUCUCCAAGCAGAGACUCCGAGAACUCGCAACCCAAACAGAUUUGCACGUUUUGCCUCAGCAACCAGAGGAAACUGAGCAAAGACAGAGAGAGAAAAUCGGCCCUGAGGAGUUAGACCACAACACAAAUGGAUUUACAAAACAUCAACAAUUAAUAAAAACUGCUGACUGAAAACUUUAAGCUGCAGUGUAUAUAUGCAAAUAUCAAUUCAUAUUUAAUUAUUUGUCAAUUGUCUUUGGACUGGGCUCAGCUUUUGAAUUGAAGGGAAAAAAGCGUACGACUGGAAAAAGACCAGAAUUUUCAGACUGCAGCAACUUGUCUUACACAAGAGCUGAACAUUUUGCCAAAGAAGGCAAUUUCCAUUUUCACAGCUUCAGUUUCCACCUUUUCCACACUUCGACACACAAAACAUACAUCAAAUGUUAAUCUUUUACCACAAGGAGCUGAUGUAAAGCUAUCUGCCAAAGAUUAUCCAAAGAAGAGGACUGAGAAAUACUCUUGUGACUCUUACAGGAGAAACGGCGCCAUGGAGUUGGACUUUGCAAAGCAAAACAACAAUGUUAAAAGGAAGACCAUCCUUCUCAUACUUUCAGAAUUGGAGGGAACUUUUGGGACUGAGCUUAUAUCGAGGACAUGAGUGGAUGCAAUUUGAUACGCUGAAUCAUUCUUUUCCCGAAAAAAGACACUUAGCCUAACUAUGAAAAAAAAACAAUAUGUUCAAUAAAUGCUGUAUACUGUAUGUCUAAUAUGGUAAAAUACUUGUAUUCUUCAUUGAUUAAAUUAAC